AUGUUUUUAGAGAACGAAAACAUGAGCAUGAGACUCAAAAUCGUUGAGGAUCGAUUGGGAUUUAUUGAAAAUCUCACCCAAUUAUAAGACAAGCGAAUAAAUGAAUUAAAUAAAUAAUUGGAUCAUGUCAUUCACCAGUUUCAAGGUUUGAAUUUGGAUCGUUGUAGAAAUGAUGAAGGUCUAACUUACAAAAUUGAACGCUUUGAAAAAACCAUUCUCAUGUUGUAGAGAGAAAUAAAUCAAAUGACUACUCAUCAAGAUGAAAGAAUUAAUUAAUUGAUCCAUUAAUUAGUUGAACCUAGUUUUAAGGAUAUCGAUAUCUAAAUUAAAUAGGAGUCUCAAAGAUUGUAAUUGCAAUGUUAAAGGUAGUUGGAUGAAAUGUAUGAGGAAAUCAUGAAUAAAUUAAAGGCGCCUUUAUAAAGCAGUUUUGUUCAAGGAGGAAGAGUAAGUGUAUUAGAAUCUACCUAACAUGAAGAUCCAAAGAAAAAAAUUGAUGAAGAAAUUAGUAGAAGAAUUCAAGAAGAAAAUGAAAAGAGAAGGUCAUUUAUAGAUAGCGAUUCAAAGUAACAUAAAAAUGGAUAAUUGUCAACCGAAAAAUCAAGAGCGAGAGAAAUAUAAAAUCGUUUAAAUUUAGAAAGAAAAGCAAAAUAAGAGAAAAUAAAUCAGCUUAAUGAAUUAUACUAAUUUAGAAAGCAUUGA